GACCUUGCAGAAUGAGUGCUGACUCGGAAGCAACGCCUACCCAGGUCAGCCAACCGCCGGUGAAGGAAGAGGAGGCGAAUAUGGCAAACUCAGAUGUCAAAGCAGAAAUGGAUGCGUCAUUUGAAAGCCAGGCUUCGUUAUAUAGUGAAAGGUCAAAAAGAAGACGCUAUAAAGCAAAAAGGGACAAGAAGCCUAGCGCAACUGGCCGCACUUGGACGAAAGUUGAAGAUCCUCACGCUCCACGCAAGCCUCGGUCAGGUUACGUACAUUUCUUGAGUGCUCGUCGUUCAAAAUAUGGUACUGUCAAGCAAGGAUGUGAUCAAAAGAGCAUCAACAUGGCUUUAGCUGCCGAAUGGCAGGGUCUUAGUGACGAGGAACGAAAGCCAUUUCUCGAUCUUGCAACGAAGGAGCGACAGCAGUAUGAAGUAGAGCUAAAAGCUUACGAGAAGACUGAUCAUUAUAGGGAAUUCAUGGUGAGUCUUGUAGAAAAGAAAGAGCGGAUACUGAGACUGAGAAAGCAACGGCGAAAGUUAGGUGUUGACACUAAGGAAGAGUUUGACGAGUCCUUGGACUUGGAAGAUUCAUUGCUGGAAGAUUCCAAGAAGAACGUGAAAAGUCCACCGACAGAAAAAAGCACCACAUCUGAGCCAAUCGUGGCGCCCAAGAUUCCUAACUCAAACAUAUCGAUCUUCAGUUCAGAGUUUCUCGAGUACAAUAAAAACCGGGAAUCUCAGUUACGAUCGAUUCGUCGAGAAAUUGGUGUCGCUGAGGCUGAGCGGGAGGCUAUGCAACGAACAAUUGAGAAAAUGCAAGCAAACAAUGCUGCGCUUGAGUCUCAGGCCGCAAAUGACAAGAAAAUGGCAAAAGAAGCAGAUCGCAUUAUCGAGUGCUGGAUGCGAGUUUUGAGAAGCGCUAUGAGCGAAACAAUGAGAGAAUAUAACCUUCAAUCCCCUGAGGAAACGGUUACGUUUCUCACUAAACUAGCUAAUGGUGAUGCUCCUAACGAAGAUGUGCUCCAAGCCGUAAAAGAAGUCAUACAAAGCGCUUCGUUUCUACUGCCAAAAUAGUCGUCGUCAUUGCUUGUUCCGAUUAUAUUUUCACUUACUGGUGAUUCUUUCCUUUUACUGCAUGUGUCGCUUUUACCGUUGAUGUUUUACUUGCUGCAGGGCGUUGUUGUCAAUUCAUUUGUUUCUGGACCACUUCUCAAGUCUAUUUUGACGCUCAGUUCUGUUUUAUUGUCGAUGGAUUAUAUAACACUCAGUGUUGAAUCUUUAGCACUCGUUUGAUGAGUGUUGUUGAUGCUAAUGUGAUCUCAUACAGUUUUAUGCCAUCAACUGCAAAAAUAAAUA